UGAUGUAAGAGAAAGCAAAUGCAGGGAUUGGAGUAAGGGGUGUAUAACUGAGACUAUAAAAACUCAGAGAGAAAACUUACCAUCAGGACUGAGUUUGGGAGAAACUGCACAGACAGAACUCUAAAAUUAGAAUCUCCUGAUUUUUCACAAGAUUGUGUCUAGAUUCAGUGGUGCCGUUGGAGGAACGCAAGCUUCGGAGUCAGGAAACCAAACUUCUCAUCCCGGGUCUGGAUCCAACACCUUCCACUCAGCAUCCCUGGGUCUUCAUUCUGCCAUAACUAUGCUCGACUGGAGAUUGGCAAGUGCACAUUUUAUCCUGACUGUGACACUGAUGCUAUGGAGUUCAGGAAAAGUCCUCUCAGCGGAUGUAGCAACAGAGGUCUUUGACUUGAGAGUCACAGAUGUACAGUCACCACCCACAGCCAGGGAAGAAAAAUCAGCCACUGAUCUGGCAGCAAAACUCUUGCUUCUUGAUGAAUUUGUGUCUCUAGAGAAUGAUGUGAUUGAAACAAAGAAAAAAAGGAGCUUCUCUGGUUUUGGGUCUCCUCUGGACAGACUCUCAGCUGGCUCUGUAGAACCUAAAGGUAAACAGAGGAAAGUAGUAGAUCAUCCAAAACGGCGAUUUGGUAUCCCUGUGGAUCGGAUUGGUGGAAACCGGCUCUCAAAUUCCAGAGGCUAAUUGACUCCAUAACGUGACUUCCUUGGGUUAAAUGUCACAUAAACAUGGAAGAUGCUUCAUUGAAGUUCUCCACACUCCUUAAUGAUUAAACUUUUUGGGAACUGACUUUCUGCAAAUCCUUUCCAAAGCUUGAACUUCAGUCUAUCACAUCACCGUUUUGUUACAGCUCCAUUUAAAUUAUGUAGAUCAUUUCAAAGCAUAGAUAUUUUUUAAAUAUAUAUAUUUUAGUUAUUCAGGGAUGGUUCCUUGGCUCCCAACCUUACUUUGUUAAGAAAUAGUCAAAAAACACACUACAGUGAAAUGAUUUCUAUGUGCAUUUACCAUUUACAUUUAAGCAGUUAAAGAAUAAUAACUGAAGACUGAUUUGUUUCUGUAAAAUGUCGUUACCAUCUGAAAUCAGAGAACAAGGAGAGGCAGUGCUGCAUAUUUUCUCUUGAAUAGUUUUGCUUCUCUCUUAUCUUUUGUCUGUGAGCCUCUUGAAUAAUUGUGAAAUUAGGCUUCUCAUCAUAUUCAAAUUUCAGUCCAGUUCAACCAUAUGAAACACAGCCGCAGUUCCAAACUUAAGAGAAAAAAGAUCACUAAGCAAGGAAAAAGCAGCAGUAAUUAAGCCCAUAAAUUCUAAUUCCCCUAAGAACUGAGGAAAUUACCUGCAGGUCAAAGCGUAUUGAUUUAGAAUUAAGAAGUAAAGGAUAUCACUCAGUUGUCAAGAUUGCAUAUCCUGUGUGCCCUAACAACUUUCCAUUUCUCUAAAUUAUAACUAAUAGUUCAUAAAGAGCAAGAGUGGCUAAUUAAGAGAACAACUACACACAGAAGUACCAGAUGAAAUUAUACAGAAAGUUAAAGAAUCACCAAGUAGUAAACCACCAGCGCAGCCUGGGGCCAGUUAAGCACACAUAAUUUUAGCACAUUUUAGCAUAGCAUAAUAAGCAAUCUUUUCAAUGUUAAUGUUGCACCUAAGAGAGUGUUUAAUCUGUUUCAUGUACAGAUUAAUAAUGCACUGGAGAACAUAAUGUGUCUGAGGAUGAUUUUUUUAAGUGAUUCAAAUUAUUUUUAAUUCACCUAUCAAACAUAUGGUAUGGUACUCCAGAAAGCUCGUUCUCAGCAGUAACUGUUACCAUAACUUAGGCACAUAGCCCAUUGUGCAUUGGGUAUGCGUCCAAAACACAAAGAUAACUGAUUCCUGUACCAGAGAUUUAGGAUAAAUCACCAGUUUAUAAAGCCUCUGGAAACCACUUCUUUAAACCCUAGUAAUCACUGUCAAACAGACAUGGUAUUUGAGAGAGAAAAAGUUUGACCCAUAGACCGCAGGCUUAUAUUAGCAUGAAGAGGAAGAAUGAUAUGCGAGGGUAUAUUCAUAUUAGAAGAAGAGGAGAUAAAUGCAUAAUUGUUAAUUUUAACUGAAAAUGAACAAAUGUACAAUCCAAAGAAUAAACUCAAAGAAAUAUAGAAGUGAAUAUAUGUACUUAGGAUACAGAGUAGUUUUGUAUGUAAACUUAGUUUGGCAAAACAUUUUCCAACUGCUGAAAAUCUUUACUCAAGUAUAGGAAAAAGACAGUAAAUGAUUCUUUAAAUUGUGAAAGAGGGACAAUAGCAAAGGGAAAUGAGUUUUUAGAAAGCUAGCCAAUUCUGUUUUUCAUAAAUUACAUUAGAAAGUUAGUAAUGGUGCAUAGGCAAAUAUCCCGCAGUUUUUGAAAGAACUCACUAUUUGAAAGAAUCAUUUAGGAAGUUAUAAUGUCUCUUGCCCACCUUUCCCCAGUCUUCUGGUGAGUUAUGAAAAUUUGUCCUAUCCUUUGGAAGCUCUUAAUUUCCUUUUCCUCCCAUUUGGAUAUUUGGAAUAUUUUAAUCCAACUGGAUACUGCUGCUUCAUGCUUUGGCAAAGGCAUUAAAACCUACUUUAGCCUAAAAUUUUUCAUCUUGAAGAUUUAAAGUUGGAUUAUACAACUGAUUUCCUAUCAUCUUUGUUUUUUUUAAUCAAAGUUAUGCUUAUGCCAUUCAAAUUACUUAAAGUGGGAGGCCAAAAUAUAUAAUACUCUAUUCUAAUGUGGAAUGCAUUUGUCUCAUAUUAUAUACACAUGAAGAAAAAAAGAAAAACAUUGUCUCCACUUGUAAUUAUUUUAUUUCGUCUUUUAAUUUUUACCACUACCUUAUACACAAUAUAAAAUAUAGUUUGAAAUAGGGCAUACUGAAGUAUACUAGUUUGAAAUAGGGCAUUCUUUUAACACAGCAGGAAAUCAAGACAUAAUUUCUGUUGAGUAUGACAAGUCAUCUCAUUUGUCCAGUUCACUGUAUAUUAUUAAAUCUAGCUAUAUUUCAUGGAGAAGUCAUUAACUUAAAGGGAGUUUUCACAUUUAGUUUGAAAGAAAUAAUGUUACCUUUUUUUUCUCUUUGUUUCUCUGUGAAGCUUCAUUGAGCAAACUGUGAAUAUGAAUUCUGAGUUCUGCAGGUGUCAAAUACGUUUUUCAUGAGGGGAUAUAUUAAUUCCUGGUACAUCAUUUUUUUUAAUUUACUCAAUUUACAAAAAAAGUCUAGCAAAUUCUACCUUUAAUCUUCAGAUAGCUUUAGGGAAUUAUAUUUCUCAAAGCAAAUUAUUGAAAGGUAACUUAAUGGAUUUUUUGAAAAGGAAGAAGGAUCAAAGGUUUUUGAAUGUUAUUACCCUCAAAGGUUCAAAAUGCUUGCGUUGUUCAACUGCUUCAAAGUUAAUAAACAUGAGAUGAUGAAA